UUCCCGCAACUGCACGCAAAUCCUCCUUUAUUCAUUUUCCUCCCUACUCAAUAAUACUCUCUUGCACGCACACACACUCUCGUCUUCCUCGUUCUCUCCAACUCCCAUAAAAACGAUUCAAAUCUCAGAUCAAGACCUCGCAGCUCAAAAAACCACGACAGAUCCAAACCCUAACCUUAGGUACGAUCCAAGAUCUCCCCUUCAAUGUCUCAUCCUCCAUCAUCGGAACCCUAACUUCAGCUCCGAUCCAAGAUCCGCCUCCAAUGUCGCCGCCAACAUCCAGUCUAGGAUCCAAAUCCUAACCCUAGCUCCUCCUCCGAUGGCGGCAUCACCCUCAGCGGAGCGGCGCUUCCUCUACCCAGUCAUCUCCAUCUCCUUCAUCUCCCUCCUCCUCUUCCUCUCCGCCAUCUCCGGCCUCACCGCCUCCUCCUACUUCCUCUUCUCCCGCCUCCCGCCGCUUCGUGAUCCCUCCUAGGCGAGGCCCGCCGCCUCCCCUCCUUCGCUACCUCAUCACGGCUCUCGUUGCGAUGCCCAGCGAGUCCUCGCUCCCCUCGCAGUCUACCACAGAAAUCGGUACCUUCUUCAUUUGUCGCAUGAGGCUUCGGAUAAAGAGAGGAGCUCGCUAGCUGUGUCGGUGGAGGUGGCGUUGCCGGCGGCGAGCGUUGGGAAUGUGGAUGUUGUGGAAGGCCGGAUGCGAUUGACGAGAUGCGUACUUCGGGCGGCGGCGGCGUUGAUGAGGAUUGAUGGGGAGUGGGAUUGGUUGGUGAUGCUGAAUGCGGGGGAUUAUCCGGUGGUUUCGCAAGAUGAUUUGAUUCAUGUAUUCUCUACUGUGCCUAGACAUCUCAACUUCAUAGAUCAUACCAGUGAUCUUGGAUGGAAAGAAACCCAGAGAGUCCACCCAAUCAUAGUUGAUGCGGGCAUUUACUUGGCAAGAAGGUCCCAUUACUUCACAGCAACAGAGAAAAGGAAGACUCCUGAGGCUUUCAAAUUUUUCACAGGCUCUCAAUGGGUAAUUCUGAGCAGACCCUUCUUGAAUUACUGCAUCAUGGGUUGGGAUAAUUUGCCUCGCACUCUCCUCAUGUACUUCACAAACGUACUUUUAUCACAAGAAGGCUAUUUCCACUCUGUGGCUUGCAACUCACCGGAGUUCCAAAACACUACAGUUAACAGUGAUCUCCGUUAUGUAGAAUGGGAUAAUCCUCCUGGGAUGGAUCCUCACUUUCUUAACGUGUCCAGUUAUAGGAAAAUAGUAGAAAGUGGUGUGCCCUUUGCUCGGCAAUUCCACAAAAAUGAUCAAGUACUUGAUAUGAUUGACGGUGAAGUGCUCAGGAGGAGAUAUAACCGUGUGACACCCGGGGCUUGGUGCUCUGCCAAGGACCGGUGGUGGAGUGAUCCGUGCUCUGAGUGGGGAAAUGUCAACUCUGUGAAGCCCGGGCCUCAGGCUGAGAAAUUUAGGGUUCUGAUGGAGAGACUUGUGUCUGAGUGGAAGUCUCAAUCAAGAUCUUGCAAGUAGUGGCGUGUAUCGCGCAGAAGUUCAUUUUUUGGCCACUUCUGCCUUGAGCAGUAUUCUUUUUUGCCUCUUCACCUCAUUUGGAUUGGGUGUAAUAGAGAUUGGAGGUGAGGCUGUGAAGCCAACAUCUCAUACGGAGGCUCCUCGGCUCCAGAUGUUUCGAUGUAGAUUAUGGAUGUUAAAUGAGUCACAACGGGCACUUGUUUUAGAAGACGCAGUGUCUUGGGAGCCAAUAUUUAUAUUUCUUUUGUUAUUUGUAGGGAGACCAUUUCUCAUGGGCUAGGAUGUUAUUUUGUUCUGUAACAUUUAUCAAACACUAAAGUUUUUCGUUUAUUAAUUACCGCUUUUACAACAAAGAAACAGAGCCCGGAAUAGUGACUGUAUGCUAAUCUCUGUAGAAGUUUUCAGGUAGAUUUUCCUUAGUUUAGUA